AUGAAGCUCCUACAAUUUCCUUGGGCAAGGCACGAUUCCCUCCUGUCGCACGCUUUGGUGCUCGCUUCCCUCGUGGCUGCAUUUUUUUUAACCGAAAAUUUUGUAAAACGGAAUAAUAGUCUUUUCUCAGUAGAAGUGUCUAGCAGGAAGGUGUGUGACUUUCUGCACAGAAAUUUUUACAAGGUGGAGACUCUAUACAUAUGUGGCGCUUCUCCCAUGCACAAGGAUUUUUUUCAUAAUGAUUGGAGGAGUGUGCGGCAGGGUUCCUCGAGAACGGCCGGCCUUGCGCGUCAGGAUGAGAAGAAGAUGAAGGGCCAUUUGGAAAGGAAGGAUGAUCGUCAUGAUGGCCGUCACGAUAACCGUCAGGCAGACCGCCAGAUCGACUUCACCGUCGACACGAACAACCCCGCUGUGAACGAGCAGCUCCUGGCCAAGUCCCGCAUGAUAUUUAAAAAACUGGACAGCAACCACAACAGCGUUAUAGACAUGAAGGAAUUCAAAAGGAACGUGAGCAUAUUGUCCCAAAUGAGGAGCAUAAAUGGGAACGUGCUCAGUUACCUAUUCGACCUGUUCGACGUAAACAAGGAUCAGAAAAUUGACUACGUGGAGUUCUUGUCGCUAAAUUCUUACGAUUUCAAUUAUGUGAAACUCAUACAAAUUCUAUUUGAUGGAGAGAGCGUAGUCGAGGGGACUACAAUUUUCAAUUAUUUUGAAAUUUAUUUUUCUGAGUUUUUGGACAACGUGGUAGACGACGUGAUGGAAGACAUAGACGUGUACUUCUUUACGAAGAAGGAUGAGCUCGUCCAAUCUUUGGUGAAAAAUUUUUGGAAAAAUGGAAGACACACUUGGGAUAUAAAUGACGAUAAGAAGUUGCAGCUGGAGGAGUUUCAGAAUUUCCAGCUGUCCCUUCUCCUGCAGAUAGACCACCUGGCCAACUUUCUCCAUUUGGAUUUAAAUUUGGAUGGGCGUAUCGACCUGCCGGAGUUGCUUCUUUAUAUUAGCCACGACGGAGAGACAUAUAAAAGGUUGCGCGAUUACAUGCAGGGAGAUGGUGGUAAUGUAGGAGCGAAGCGGGAGGCCCUGUUCAGCUACAUCCGGGAGAACCUCCACGUAGAUGACUCGAUCGUCCGGAAUUUGCAGUUCAUGUUCAACUCGUUCGAUGUCAACGGUGACCUCCUCCUCGACUUGGAGGAGUACAAGGAUCAGAUGAGUACGUUCUCUGUGUUGGACUCGGCCCCCGAGGUCGUCUUCUCGAGCUAG